ACAAGCACGACAAGUUGAGCAUCUCACUAAAUACAAGUUAUCAUCGACAUGGACGAAGAAAAUAUUCCCUUGAUUAGCAGCAAGAAUGGGACGCUGCCCGAGGAGCCCACGGGGGAGUCGCAGCUCUCGGUGUCGAAGGUGCCCCUCCUUUUCAGAUUCAAAGGCACGGUAAUUAUUUCUACCUGGUGGCAAAUCCUCCUCAUCGUCAUCUACUCCUGCAUCGUCGUCUACGUUCAUGAACGCGUCGAAAACAUCAGGCUUAAUUUCUCACAAGCUUUGAUCGACAUCUUAGGAAUUGUUACCGGUCUGCUAUUGGCUUUCAGGACAAACACGGCGUAUGAAAGAUAUUCUGAAGGUCGCGCACUCUGGUCUCAGAUGACGCUUAAUAUACGAAACCUGACCCGGUACAUCUGGAUGGGAGUGGACGAGGACCCCAAUGCUCAGGCGAAAUCUCUCAUUGAGAAAAAGUCAGCCGUAAACUUGCUGAUUGCUUUUGCCGUCGCGACAAAGCAUUAUUUGAGGGAGGAGUAUUCCUAUGAAUUUGGAGACUUGAAGAACCUCAUCUCCCACAUUCACGUUUUCAACACCCCCUCGUCAAAUGUGGGGAUGGCGUAUCAGGAGGGACAAGGUUACGCCGGAGUUGACUUUAGCUUUGUGAAACCGAAAACGAGAAAGAUUUCGACGGUGAAGGACCCUCUCAAGGCGAGAGACGUGGUCACUCCUACCAACAUUCCCCUGGAGUUGUCAUACUACAUUGCCUCCUACAUCAACCACUGUAGAAAACGGGGACAAUGUGACGAUGUCACAUUUAACCUCAUGGAGGAAUCGUUAUCCAGUUUAGUGGAGUGUUUGACCUCGUUCGAACGAAUUUUGAGGACACCCAUCCCGUUGGCAUAUUCGGUUCAUUUGCACCAUAUGACCUGGCUUUACUUGGUCGCCUUGCCUUAUCAGAUUAUGGAGGAGCUGGGGUGGUGGACUGUGGCAGUUGUGGCUAUUGCAACCUUCUCCUUCAUAGGUAUACUGGAGAUUGGUUGGGAAAUUGAAAAUCCGUUUGGAUACGACGCCAACGAUUUGCCACUGGAUGACUUUUGUAAAGUGAUAAAACGCGAAAUUGACAGAGUUCUACUUCAAAAACCAGUGAGAACGGAUGAGUGGAUAUUUUCCGAGUCAAAUCGGCCCUUUGCUCCCGAGUGCAUGAUGAGCGCCAAGGAAUUGUUAAAUCGACCCUUGGAAUACAUUGCAUUCAUUUGUGCACAAAAUUUGCAAUCAAGUCAGCCCGAUAAUAAUGGGCUGCUAAAAGUGCCCAUGCCAAAUUGAGACGAACUAAAUAAAUACGCAUGUAAGAUCUGCCAGGCUUUCA